AGCGCAACGUUUUCAGAAACCUCCUUUUCAGUUUACUGUGGUAUGGCAUUGGGCAGAAUGGAGACCAAACCAGUAAUAACCUUUCUCAAAACCCUCCUCAUCGUUUACUCCUUCGUAUUUUGGAUCACAGGAGCGAUCCUCUUGGCAGUGGGAGUAUGGGGGAAGUUUAUGCUGGGCCCAUAUAUCUCUCUGAUAGCUGAGAACACCACCAAUGCUCCAUAUGUCCUCAUCGGCACUGGGACUGUCAUCAUCGUCUUCGGCCUGUUCGGAUGCUUCGCCACCUGCAGGGGAAGCCCAUGGAUGCUCAAACUAUAUGCAAUGUUCUUGUCCCUGGUGUUCCUAGCUGAGUUGGUGGCUGGGAUCUCUGGCUUUGUUUUUCGUCAUGAGAUAAAGGGCACCUUCCUGAGGACGUAUACUGACGCGGUGUUGAACUAUGAUGCUGAGGAUGAGAAGAGCCUGGUUGUGGACAACGUCCAAAGCAGCCUGCAUUGCUGUGGGGUGUACAACUACACCAGCUGGUUGGGCAGUGUGUACUACCCUGCCAACGGCUUUCCCCUGAGCUGCUGCUCCAACUCCUCUGACUGCAGCCCACAGGACCUCCGCAACACCACUAUAAACCACACCAAGAUCAACCAGCAGGGCUGUUACGAACUGGUCACCUCCUUCCUCGAGACCAACAUGGCCAUCAUUGCAGGAGUGACAUUUGGCAUAGCCUUCUCACAGUUGAUUGGCAUGUUGCUGGCAUGCUGUCUGUCCAGGAUCAUUACAGCUAAUCAGUAUGAGAUGGUGUAGCUGGGAGAGCAGGGAGAUGAAGAUGAGAGGGCGAACAGCAUCUUGGUAGACUGGGACAGAAGAUCCCCACAACACUAGCACACUGCAUCACUAAAUAUCUCUCUCUCUCUCUCUCUCUCUCUCUCUCUCUCUCUCUCUCUCUCUCUCUCUCUCCUCUCUCUCGUUAUUGUAACUUAUUGUAAAGAAGCACCAUUCCUUAAUGCUACUGUGCCAUGAAAGCUUUCUCUCAGUACUUUAAACUCCUCUAAUGAGUGACUCUGCUGGUAAAAGUUGCAAGUAAGCACUGAUCUAGGAUCAGCUUACCCUCCCCAUCACAAGAUUGACCUUGGACCAGCAUCUAGGGGCAACAUCCUCCUACUCCAUAUGAGCUUAGCAGUCUCUGACACUGUGGAGAAGUUGCCCUGAGGCACAGAUCUAGGAUCAGCUCACCCCACCCUUGAUGCUAACUUUAACCAUUAGGGUAAUGAAUGAAUAUCUGAUCCUGCAUUAGUGCUAAGGGACAACUUCAUCCUGCUCCUUAGCGGUCUUUGACCCCCGUGUCUCCCUGUCCUUUCACAGCCCCCCCUUGUGGUCUGGCAUGCUCCAUAUAGGCCCUAGCAUCUCUAAAGCAAUGCACAUAUUUGUAUAGACAUUACAUUAUUAACCCACAUAAAAAUAUAUACAAUAGCCGACAUACACUGUAUUUUAUGAUGUUCCUGAUCACCACCGUAAAUACCUAAACUUCAGACAUUUAGAGAAGAUAUGUUGAUAUAACGUUGAGAGAGCAUGUAGUGCUAACUUUAGCCUUUCAUUUGCAUCUUUGCUUUUUCGCUGCUACAUGGAUGAUAUCUCAGACUAUUGUGUCCAUAUCUAUGACAUUAGACAACAAUGAACUGUGCAAUUAAUUUGGUCUGUGGAUGUGUAGAUGUGGCUUACUCUCUGAAGACAGAGGAGGCUGGUGGGAGGGGCUAAAGGAGGAUGGGCUCAUUGUAAUGGCUGGAAUGGAGUCAAACGUGGUUUUCAUAUGUUUGAUACAGUUCCAUUUAUUCCAUUCCUAUAGCUCCUCCCACCAGCCUCCUCUGUCUGACGAGCUCCUAGAUCAUUUAUAAUGUAUUAUAAUAACACAUCAUGAUGUGUGUGUGUAGACUUUGGUUCGGAACACUGUGCUGUUUGGAUUGAUUUGUAUGUUGUAAUAUUUGUGAGUGUUGAGUUUUGUCUGAUUCUGAUAAAUAGUAUUAUUUAUUGA